AUGGCCAUGGAGGCUUAUAAUGACGGCGUGGGUCCUGCCGGGGGUGCUGCCGCCGUUACAGCGGUUACCACUGCUCACGGCACCGGACCCGCGGGACACGCGGGACACGCUGGGGGGAAUGUUUCUGCCGGGCACGCGCAACCGGCGGGGAUGCACGGGAACGCGCAGCAGCAGGUGCCGCCGGCGCCACCGCAGCAGCAGCAGCAGACAUGGCCGGCCGCGUCUCCCCCACCGCAAACGGCGCCAGUUCCCCCGAAGGGCCCACAGGCGCGGGUCCCCGCCAAACCAGGGCGGCGCAGGCAGGUAAAAGGGGUCGUUACAAACGGGGAUGGAGACGCGGAGAUGGGACCAGGGGCGGGAGCGGGAGCUGCUGGGGGGAAGCCCGCGCAGGGGCAGGCCGGAAAGAGGGGGAAGAAGGCGCAGAAUAUCGGGGGAAAUGCAGCGGGGGGAGGGGCGGGCGGCGGUUCAUUGGCCGCAGCUGCUGCAGGAACAGGUGGUUUGACCAAUGGAGGGGAGGCAUCUGUGGCUCCUGUUUCACAUGCUGACGUGGCAACAAAAGUGAGCAAGGUAGAGACAACUUAUCAGCAGCAGCACACGCAGCAGGGUCAGCACCACGCUGGCUUGCCACAUCAUCAAACGACUCUGCCUUCCACACAAGCACCUGCGACCGCGUCUCAUGUUCCCGCUCAGGUUGCAGCUCAGGUUUCCGCAGAUCAGGUGAUUGCAACAGACACAGUAUCGGUCCAGCUUAUACCAAGCGCAGGAGCAGGGCAGAAACCGGUGAUGGCCGAUACCCCCACGCUGCCUACUGCGGCUCCUGUUUCUGCUCUUCCCUCCUCCACCCAUUCUUCGUCUCCAUCUGCCCCUCCUCCUGUUACCGCUCUGCCUGUGGCGUCCCCACCGUCUGCUUCGGCUGGUGCUAGUCCAACCACUGUUUCAAGCACUGUAUCUGCCGCCCCUUUAAAUCCAGCCCCUGCUGCUGCUUCCACCACUCCUCCCAUGUCUCUGACGGUGUCUGACGGGGCAACUGGCGCCAGAGCAGUAUCCGGGCUUGCCGCUAUAGGGGUGAUGAAAGCAGGUGCGGGUGCAAGUGGGAUGGUGGGGAAUGGGGUGGGAAGAGGUGGGGCAGGAGCAGCUGUUGCGGCUGUAGCAGCCGGGGCUGCGCUAAAAGGUGGAGGGAAUCUGGGGAUGAGUGAGGUUCUGAAAGGAGGUGAAGGGAAGGAAGAUGAGAGAGUGAGAGAGGAGGGGUGUGAGGGUGAUGGUGAGGGCGAUGCGGAGGAGGAACAUGAGGAGGAUGGAGAUGGGGAGCAAGAGAGCGGGGAAAACGGCAGCAUGAGUACAGGAUCAGGGGGGGUUUCAGGGGAAGAAGCAUCAGGAGAGGGAGAGGGGGUGGCAGGGGGGUCGGGGGAAGCGUCAGGGGAAGCAUCAGGGGAAGCAUCAGGGGAAGCAUCAGGGGAAGCGGGACCGGGCGGCGAGGAUUUCGAUCAAUGGUUCCAUUCACUGGUGUUAGACGAAGAGGAUGUGAUGGCGAUUGUGGGAGACUAUAUCGUGAAUGAUGAUGACCUUCCGGCUCGCAUCGCGGAUUGCAUCAACUCUGCGAGCAUGCGAGGGAGAGAGGAGGAAAAUAUAAGGUGA